UAAAGCUCCUUGACUGGAACUGUCAUUGCCAUGUUCGUGAAUAUUUGAAAUUCUAAAGAAAGAAAAGUUUCCCUCUUACCCCCGCCACACGCCAUUUCAGAGAGAAAAAACUGGGCUGAGAUACGGUAGCGUCUCCUAAUGUAGCUGGUAUGCAUGUCACCGAGGAAGUGUCAGAUAAACACGCAGCGAGAAUCAAGACCGUGUGAAUGCAUGCUGGCGGAAGGAACCCUACGAUUACUGCUUCUGAUUACAUCGAAUGUGAAAGUAACAGAAAAGAACAGCGUUUAGCACCGAUUUUUUUGUCCGGUUACUCACCGAACAACAUGUGCAAUUCGAGCAACACAACGGAGUUUGAAGUUGUGAGGACAUUCCGGUACGUGGUGCAUAUCCCGACGUUCAUCUUGGGACUGGUUGUCAAUUCAGCUGCACUCGGGAUGAUAUGCUUCAGGUUGAAGAAUUGGACAGAGACUGUGAUCUACAUGACCAAUCUGAUAUUUUCUGACAUCCUGUUGCUUUUCUCUCUGCCUUUCAAAAUGUACGCCUACAAGAAAAAAAACACCUGGCACCUCGGUGCACGCUUCUGUCAGUUUGUGGAAUCCCUCUACUUUGUCAACACCUACGGGACCAUCCUAUUAAUCAUGCUGAUAUCUCUGGAUCGUUACAUUGCGAUCAAGCACCCCUUUAAGGAAUUCUGCAGAUGCUGGAAAUUCAAGCAACACACAUCAAAGUUGCUGGUGAACGCAGCAGGCCAGGCAGCAUCUGUAGGAAGAGGUGCAGUCGACGUUUCAGGCCGAGACCCUUCGUCAGGACUAACUGAAGGAAGAGAAAAACGGAAAGAGCUGAAGAUCGUGCAAAGGGAAGGACCAAUCAAGCCAGGAGAUCAGGUCUAUGUGCGAGCUUUUCGAAGAAAGUGGAACGAACCAAGAAGGGAAGAGCCCUUUACGGUAACCAAGGCAUCACCCACUACAGUUCAAGUAGAGGGACGUUCCACCUGGUACCAUCUCAAUCACUGCACCAGAGCAGUCCCGCAGGUACAGUCAGGUGUGGAGCCCGAGGUAAGUGGUGAAGAGGAACGGAUAGCAGGGGACAGACAAGAAGAACAAGAAGUUGUCACUGUACCACAGGAGUUUGAUCAGACCAUAAGGAAAGUUUUUGGGUUUGAGAACCGGUCUGAUGACCCAAAGGAUGAGGUUGUGGAUAGUAGUACUCCUUCAGACAGUGAGGACAACUUGGGAGCGACCAGUUUUGCCCCUUGAGAUGAUACACCCACAAACCCCUGUAUGGACUUGGAAACCAUUAAUUUGGCCGAUAUGGCAUAGGAAUGUUAGGACUCCGCAAACCUUAAAAGAAAGGAGUAAGGGAGCGCAACAGUUACCUCUUUUCAGUGGCAACAUACAUGUACUAGCCAGUGGUACCAAUGGGCACAAUACACAGCAGGAAUGAUGGAGAGACAGAACUGUUAUCUGUGCUCCAGGGCGAAGCCCGUGCAACACGUAGCCCCCAUGUCUUAUAACUCCUCCACCUACACACAAUGGCGAAAGGAGCGGAGGGGGCAGUGUGCGCGGCAGUGUCCAAGUGUAGUCAAGACUGGCAGCAUGGGAAUUUGUAGCGGGACAGAUCCUUGUUAUCAGAAAUGUAUUGACAACACCCCAUAUUGCCCUUAUUGGUGUAUGCUAUCCCAAGCCUCCUCGCAAUUCGAUCGAAACGUGCUCACCCAUAAAUGUAAUUACAUUAGACCUUGGGCCAUUAGUAAAAGAAAUCAAACCCCCAUAGUGGGAAAACUGAUAAUGCAGGAUCAUUUGAAUUAUGAAUGCUUUACACGGACAGGUGCUUUCUCGGUUGGCCACUUUAGGGAUAACUGCGUCCAGACUUGGGACGUAACCCCAGGCCGAAGAUACAUAGUAGGUACCCCUCCACCCGAAGGUGCGUUGGAUGUCCAGAACAUUCCAUUAGCAGACACUUGGUGGUUGUGCGGAAUGGAGGAAGGCCUGAGAUCCACACUUCCCCUUAGUUGAGCAGGUACAUGUACACGAGUUAUGCUGAUUCAAGAAGUUGUAGUAUCCCCUGAAGUACAAUUUGACGCUCCGAAGCAGCAGACACUGCGGCGGAAGAGGCGAAAAUAUGAACCUGACCCAACGAUCCGAAUCGAUAGUAUAGGACAGCCAAGAGGUAUACCGAACAAGUUUAAGGCAAGAAACGAGAUUGCUGCUGGCUGGGAAGCCAUUAUACCUAUAAUAGGGGUUAGCAAAAAUGUUGAGUGGAUAAAUUAUAUAUAUUAUAAUCAACAGAGAUUCAUUAACUACACCGAUGAUGCGCUGGAGACACUAGGACAACAGCUGGAUGCAACUAGUAGAGUGGCGUGGCAGAAUAGACAGGUGUUAGACUGGCUGUUAGCAGAAAAAGGAGUCUGUGUGAUGUUUGGAGAACAGUGCUGUACUUUUAUACCAACUAACGCUAGUCCCGAGGGAUCAUUUACCAGAGCAAUGAACAAAUUGAAAAGACUGAGAAGAGAAGUUAGACAGAAUGCAGGGUUUGGACAUCAGUUAUUUGACUGGUUAGAUAGUAAACUAGGGGGAUGGGGAGCAUGGCUAAUCAAGAUAGCGAUAACUGUAGGUAUUGUAUUGGUAAGCUGUGAGAUUGUUUUGUGCUGUUUUCUUCCAUGGCUCAAGUAUCUUACAGUGCGGGCCGCAACAAAAUGCUUUCCGAUGCUCCUGGAAAUUGCUGAAUCAAGCCCAGUGGAAAGAGAAACACCGAUGAUGUACUGUUACAGCUUACACGACAUGCAAGAUGUACAGGAGGGAAAUGACAAUGUGACAGUAGACUCUAAAGGCUCCUGAGUCUUUUUUCCUGUCUCAGACACGAAGGGACAGGUUUUUGGCUCAGUGGCCUAGGAAGGUAGGGAGAGAACACUUCAAGUUCUAAGCACAAGAAAUUAUAGUUUGACCCAGAUUUGGGAGUAAAUUCUGGAGUUUAUUUGAGCUUUUGUGUGUGUACUCAAAGUUUCCUCUCUCUAUGUGAGACUUUGCAAAAUAUUGGAAAAUAUUUUAACUCUGUUUUCUAAGUGUUUAUUUUAAGUGUGCUUUUAUUGCAUAUCAGGUAUUUAUUCAGAUGCUGACCAUGCCUUUAUUAUGCAUUAAGUGUCUGUUACUGAGUGCGUGGGAUUACUAUGGUAUUUGGGAUGUAACCAUUGAAUGAAACCUGUGUACGUUUAACCCCUUGAGAAAAACGAAUGUAGCCAAGUAAGAGAGAGAAGAGUAAUUGAUUUAUUAGCUAAAGUGUAACUUACCGCAUUUGCUAAUGCUGUUAAUGCAGAAGGGGGCUAUAAAGAAUGCUGUGUGAAAACAUACACAGCCUAGUCUACUGUCUGUCUCAGCUUUACUUUGCAAAUUAAAGUUUAAACAUUUCUUGAAGAAUCUUCAGUGCUCCCUUGUCAUUUGUAAAACCAUGACAGUAUCAUGAUUGAUGUGCUAAGUGGUAAUGUCAGACUGGUGCAAAACUUAACCCAUGUUGUCUGAUUUGUUGAAGACCAAUUGUUUUAUGUUUAGAUGAUGCACAUGAGAAUGUCUCAUGGUCACUUUGAAAAGCUAAUGAGCUAGCAGCCUGUGCUCUGUAGACAGCAUUGCUUGUUUACAAAGCUGUCCUUUUAAAUUCAAACUGAUUACUGCUUGCAAUUAACAUUAAGAACUGAAGACUAGUUCUCAUCUCCCUUAAUUUCAUAACUCCUGAAUAAUCCUUCCUCUUGGCCCCGGACUAAAAUCUUUCCCAGGAAGGCCAAACUUUAAGGAGGAUCUAAGUAGGUCAGUUAAAAGCCCUUCACUUUGGAUCCCUCCCCAACUACUUGCUACCAUGCCUGUCUGUGGGCCUACAUUUACAC